AUGUAUAGGGCAACAUGUGCAACAUCCUGGCCAGAUUCAGAUAAUCGGACGGUUCCAGCAUUGCUUGAGCGCCUGUGCCUGCUGAGGUAUGCUCUGGAAGGGCUGCGGUCUCUGGCAGAGCUCCUGGAGGGGUGUCGGGGGACCAGCGCCGAGGAGGUUGCCGUGCGUGGGGCCAUUUGUGGAGCCUUGUAUCACCUGGUCAGCCCGAGGCGAAAGUCAACGUCAGCUCUGGCUGCUGCCGAGGUCGUGCAACCAGAGAGCGUGGUGGUGCUGCUGUCCGAGGUUUUAAGCAUCGGCGGCCUUGAUGAAGAUGCGCUUUGGGCAACGUGCACUACCUUGGAGACCCUUGUUGACAAGGACGCGCGCCUGGCCUUUGUGGUGGCCUCACGCGGAGCUUUCUCCUCUCAAGCUUGUUCAAAAGCAUGGUGUAGAGUCAGCAGGCCGGAGGCUGCACACGGCCUCAGCAUGGAUCAGAUAAUCAGGGAUUUGGUCCUUUUGCCGGUUUCUGCAGCAUCUGAUCUCGUCACGAAGGGCUGGUACACUUCGAACUUCCGUCAGAUCCGUGAGCUUGUUCAGGAUCCCGACUAUCAGUCCGGGGAGAUUGAUCCCGAUGAGCCAGUCCUCGAGGUAGUCGUUGGCGAUGCGAACAUGAAGGCCACGGCUUCAGCAACGCCUACUUUUGUGAGGAUCUUCAUGGACCGGGAAAAUGUGGGAGAGACCUCUCUUCAGAAGAAGCGGCCCUUCAACACGCCGGUCUGGAACGAACGAUUCUUGCUGUUACCGCGCGCUUCCUUCUCCACACGCUUCGAGGUCGUUGACACCUGGGACCGCGUCCUCGGCCACUGUACCAUUGGCACUCAGAGCCUGUGGCGCGCCGCAGAGCAUUCCGGACAAGUCUCCGUGGAGCUGCCGCUGCAGCUGGGAAAGGGCCUGAACGGAAAGAUUUGGGUCCAUUCUCGGCCCUGGGAUGGUCUCCCUCUGCCAGAGAGGCCCUGGUGGCCUCGAGCGCAGGAGCUGCACGAGGACACAUGGUCACCACUUCGUUUGCAGGAAGGCACCGAGGAGGACGACGUAGUAGGGAGCUUGCAGCCUGAGGAUACCGGCAAAAGCCGAGCCAAAGUUCUCAGCAGCGACCUCUUCUCCCGAAUAGACAAGGAUCGCACGGGCUCCAUCACCCGUGCAGAGUUCGAGGCAGCCCUGCGGAGUGGUGCGAUGUCUCCGCAAAGCCCGGCUCCGCAGACGCAGGUGGCGCAGAGCCCUUCAAUCAUUUGGCCCCAGCCGGUGAAGCCAUCGGCACAAAUCAGUGCGCCGCAGAUUUCGAUGCCCAUGUCGCCUCAGGCGCAAUCCCCAAGCGGAGUCCUGUCCCAGUUCGCAGCCACUGUUCCUCCGCAGCCCGUAGUGUCCCCAUCCAGCACUCCUCUGGUACAGUUUGCUCAGUCAUUGCCUCCUCAACCGGUGAAGCCUGAGGCCGGCCAAGCUCCCGGAACGUCCAAGGAUUUGUUUGCGAAGCUUGACAAGGAUGGCAGCGGCAGCAUCACCCGUGCGGAGUUCGAGCGCGCGAUCCGCCAGGGCGAGCUCCAGUCCCAGCACGCGAUGGCCCGUGGUCAGGAAAGCCUUUCUCUGCCGAUAGGCAAAAGCCGGUCGGUGGAGGGCCCCAAGGUGGCUUCGCCACAGCGACCUGCGACGACGGCGCUCUCGGCCAUGCCCCCGAGCCCCAGGUCGCAGAAGACCAACUCCCAGCCCUCGGCCAUAGCCUCAGAUGAGCUCCGCUCGAGCUUCCAGCGAGCUUCCAGCGAGCUUCCAGCCUCGGCUUUGCGACCUGCCGAGCUGCGAGUUCGGAAGCACGUUGCCAUCCGCUUCACAGAAUACCUGGAAUCUACGAAGGUAGGUUGCCACAUCUUAGUGCAGCUGCUCCGCUCGCCACGAGCAGCCGGUCCCACCGGCCAGGACAUCCGCAAGGUCCUUGCCUGCCUGAUGCUCGCACUUGCGGAUGCAAGUCCCGAGGCAGUCCAGGCACUGCAGGCCGCGGGUGCAUGUCCCGCGCUGGCGCAGGAGGGUCUGCAGGGCGACGGAGCGGAUGCAGAGGCAGCCAUGUGGGCUCUUGGGGCCAUCGGCGGUCUCAAAGACGUUCUGCAGGCCAUGAGACAUUGUGGGCCGGGCAAGCCCAGCGUGCUGAGCGGCGGCGCGCACGCGGUGGCCGAGUGUGCAGCACGUGCCGGUGACGGGGAGGAGCUGAAGCAACUACCGGCUGCCCUGGUGCUGCUGCUUGAGAUGAUCGCGCGGGAAGAAUCUGCGCCUUCUGGGGUGCUCAAAGCAGCAAUGCAGGCUCUGGGCCGCACGCUGACCGCGCUGACGCCCCAUGCCCCCCCUGGACAUGUUGCCCAAGUCGAUCAGGGAGUUCAGACUCUCAUCUCACAGCUGCGGCGACCUCCAGCCUCCGUCCCCUCGGAGAAGAAAGAGGACUGGUGGUCCAGUCAGGAUGAUGGGAACGAUGGCUACGAGUAUGACUACGAGUCCUCGCCAUCUUCGGGCGCAGCGCAGGCAGCUGCCGAGGCGAUCGGCCGCAUCGCGCUCACCACCGCGGAAUGGAGACCUGUGCUCCAUGGCUACGCCAUGGAGGCGAUCGUCGCGUGGAUUCGAUCUGGCACGGCUGGACGGAAGUUUAACAAGUAUCUGUUCUGGGCGGCAGCUGCGCUGUCGGGGAUGCCAUUUGUAGCCGCCGAGCUCAAGCUGCACAUCAACUGCAUCUCAGCCGUGGAUGCGGCUCUGUGCACGGUUAUUGACAUCCUGGACGAAGACAUCGAUGGGGAGUACACCUUGGCUGGUACCGAUCGCGGGGAGGCUGAGAUGCCCGCCCUCGUGGCCUUGAUCGUGGAGGCGAUGCGGCUCCAUCCUGCAGCUCCCGAGGUUCAAGCCAGGGGGGCCACUUGCAUCAGCUUCUUGGUGCCCUUUGUAGAGUAUGCCUCGCUGCAAGCGGUGGCGCCGGCGGCCAUUGUCGCUGUGCUUACUGGAUCGCGGCGGUUCCCACGGAGGAUGGAUGUGAUCAGUGGGGCAGUGGCUGCACUGAGAGCCUUCUGCGACCUCGCCAGGUGCAAAAAGCGCCCGGACGCGAAGGGGGCAGAGGUCAUCGUGGCUUCACUGCAGCGAGAGGGCGCGGUGGACUGCAUAGAGCAGGCUUUCGGCUACUUCUCUCACUACGAAGAUGCGAUGCAGAUGCUAGAGGAUGCUGCCGCGGUCUCCGCGCAGAUUUCUGGGGUCGAGGCUUUGUUGAAACGCCUGGGAGAGGAGCCGGCAACGUCCCACCUCCGCAUGGCCGGACUCAAGGCCAUCUUCGAGGAAGGCCGUGCGGACCUCGACUUCCUUUCGGCGCGUGCCUGCGCAGCUGCUGUGGAGGCUUGCGAGCGCAUGAUGCUGGAGGCGUCGCAAUACAACGAGUCCGAGAAGGAGCCCUCCGACCCUCCUAUCGACACGCAGCGAUUGCACGAGGUUGCCUCCCUGCUCUCUGGCCUGUGCGCAGGACGGUUGCGGGCUGCUUGCCUCGCGUGA